AUGAACUGCAAUGAGAAAGAACUGAAGGCCAAACUGCACAACAACAGGGCUAUUGCACAUUUUAAACUUGGUAAGAUGAUGAGGGCUUUAAUAUGCAUUUUUUUUUCUUUUGAAGCUAUUGAGUUGUCAUCAGUAGUUUUCUGAGAUAGGUGAUAAUUUUUAAUGCAUGCCCAGAAAAAUAUACAUCUUAUCUUAAUUUGCCUCGCAAAUAUACAAAGAAGUAACCUCUUACCCCAGAUAUCAGUGAGCAUCACAAAUUUUUCCCGAAAUUAUUGUAAUAGAGUGGUGGUUGGUUUGCUACAUGUAUGGCUAAUCAGAGAUAUUUAUUUUGAUAACAGGAAAUCACCAGGAUUCACUAAGGGAUGCAGAAGCAGCCAUUGAAUUAAAUCCAACUUUCCUUAAGGCAAUUGUGAGAGGUUAGAUAUGUUAGCUGUGCUAUAAUAAUAAUAAUAUAUAAUAAUAAUAAUAAUAAUAAUUAUAAAAGAAUAACUCAACACUCUAAGGUUAAAUGAGAUUAGAUGAAGCUCAGUCUUGUCUCAAUUGACUUUAAUUAAGAGGUCAAGACCACCCUGAUGUACAUUUGAAUCCAGCUCUUGACUGCUACGCAACUACUUUCCAUUAAUUAUGAUGAGAAUAUUAUUUUGAGCUGGAUGAAGAACUCAAUGCAGAACGCAAAGCAAAAUUUCAGCACAUGUAUUUUAGUUCCUUAAGCUCACUUAGUGAGGUAGUCACAGGUGUCAGAUAUGUUAAUUCACUAUCUAGCUGUUUUAAAAAGAAGUAAGGAUCAGGACUUACCUAACUCUUUAGCUAAGGAAUUGUCGGUCCCAAUUUAAAUGUUCUUAGAAGUUUCAGUUGUCUUAAAAGCUAAAUAAAUCUAACUGAAACCUGAUAGGGCCUGUUUAUUCUUUUCCAUUAAGUAUUUUUGCUUUGUUUUGUUUUGUCAUUUUUUUUUCUUCUGGCCUGUAAUGAUUUCAAUGGUUUCAGGCUCUUUUUUCAGAAUUGAGCUACUGCAAUAAUAUAUCGCUUCUUUACAUUGUUGCCCAUAGGAACCAUUGCUUGUGUUGAAUUGAAGAGAUUUGAAGAAGCAAUCACUUGGUGUGAUAAGGGACUAGCUGUAUCCUUUGAAGGAAUCCUUCAUUUUUAACCAUGGGUAUAAUGGAAAAAGUUUCCAUAAUUUGAUGUUUUAAGGGAGAAAAUACGAAGAAAAAACAUGGGAAAAGUUAUUACCUUGUGGCUUAUCAAUGAUAUUACUCCUUUUAGCCAAUUUGACAUAGUUCUACUAUCCAUGCCAAUAACUGGUACAUUAGUUUAGAUAACCCUUUAAUUCACAGACCAAAUUUUUAAUUAUCCUAACUGUCAAUUGUACAAUUCUUGUACUGUUAGUUCAGAGAAUUCAGUAUUGGAUCAAAUAAUUAUUCCAAAUUGAUAUUUUUCCUUACUCUGACCACUUAUCUGAUGAUAUUGUAUUGCUCUCGUGGUCACUCAUGGGAGUUAAAGGGUUAAAAGUCAAAUAUUCACCCAAUUUAUACAUAGUACGUGGGUAGAUCAGAUCUCUCUAAAACAAGCCAGAACAAAAAGCUUGGUAAUGUUUACAUAUCCUAUGCAGAUUUUCUUCAAUUUAGCCUUUUCAACUACUUAGAGACCUGGAAACUUUCGUCAUGUUUUCCUAUGAACAAAUACAACUUUUAAAGGCACUUAUUUGUGUUGUUCACUUGUUUUUCCACUGCUGUAAAACAUUUGUCUGAUGUUAAAGCUAUAUUAAUUUAAAAAUUGAGCAGCACUGCUCCCCAGUUUUUGGAAACCAGGGAUUAAAUCUAGAUAUUUCGCGUUAAAUUUUGAGGCUGCACGUAGAAAAAAAAUUUUUCAGUGUAGAUUUACUUCAUAACCGACUGAAUGUUUAUACAACAUCUACCUUUCACACAAGCCCUUCUAAUAGACCAUUUUGUGUACCUAGUUGCCAAGCCUUUGAUUUGGAGUGAGGCCAUAGGUGACCUUGUUGUGAUAGAGACCAGUAUUUAGUGACAAUAAUAUCAAAGUAAUUUGCAUUUGAAAAGCAACAAUGUUUUUAUCAUAACAAGGUCACCCUUAGCCAUCACUCUUGUUCAGAGGCUUUACAACCAAGCACGCAACUGUAAAAAUGGACUAUUACAUACCAAUAUGAUGACAAAAUUAAUAUUCUCGUUUUGUCCACCUUUUUAACCCUUAACAUAAAUAAGAUUGAUAAAAACAAUAGGAUCUUGUUGUCAUUAAGACUUCAGUCUGUCAGAGAAGUGGGAGAAAAGUCCAUGGAGGAGAAAGAUCCUAUUAGUCAUAACCAUGAUAGUGCAAGUUCAGGUGAUGUCAAGAAAGUCAAACACCUCUAUAAUCGGGAAGAAGAAGCCAUAAAGUACCUCAACCUACUUAAAAUAGCUAAAGAAGUAGGAGACAAGCAUGGGGAGGGUGGUGCUUAUGGCAAUCUUGGCAAUGCUUAUCGCCGUCUGGGUGAUUUAAAAAAAGCCAUAGAGUACCACAAUCUACAUCUUAAAAUGGCUAAAGAAGUAGGAGACAAGCAUGGGGAGGGUGGUGCUUAUGGCAAUCUUGGCAAUGCUUAUCGCCGUCUGAGUGAUUUCAAAAAAGCCAUAGAGUACCACAACCUACAUCUUAAAAUAGCUAAAGAAGUAGGAGAUAAGCAUGGGGAGGGUGUUGCUUAUGACAAUCUUGGCAAUGCUUAUUUUAGUCUGGGUGAUUUCAAAAAAGCCAUAGAGUACCACAACCUACAUCUUAAAAUAGCUAAAGAAGUAGGAGACAAGCAUGGGGAGGGUGGUGCUUAUAGCAAUCUUGGCAAUGCUUAUUUUCGUCUGAGUGAUUUCAAAAAAGCCAUAGAGUACCACAACCUACAUCUAAGAAUAGCUAAAGAAGUAGGAGAUAAGCAUGGGGAGGGUGUUGCUUAUGGCAAUCUUGGCAAUGCUUAUGACAGUCUGGGUGAUUUAAAAAAAGCCAUAGAGCACCACAACCUACCUCUAAAAAUAGCUAAAGAAGUAGGAGACAAGCAUGGGGAGGGUGGUGCUUAUGGCAAUCUUGGCAAUGCUUAUUGUCGUCUGGGUGAUUUCAAAAAAGCCAUAGAGUACCACAAUCUACAUCUUAAAAUAGCUAAAGAAGUAGGAGACAAGCAUGGGGAGGGUAGUGCUUAUGGCAAUCUUGGCAAUGCUUAUUUUAGUCUGGGUGAUUUCAAAAAAGCCAUAGAGUACCACAACCUAGAUCUUAAAAUAGCUAAAGAAGUAGGAGACAAGCAUGGGGAGGGUGUUGCUUAUGGCAAUCUUGGCAAUGUUUAUUUUAGUCUGGGUGAUUUCAAAAAAGCCAUAGAGUACCACAACCUACGUCUUAAAAUAGCUAAAGAAGUAGGAGACAAGCAUGGGGAGGGUGUUGCUUAUGGCAAUCUUGGCAAUGCUUUUCACCAUCUGGGUGAUUUCAAAAAAGCCAUAGAGUACCACAACCUACAUCUUAAAAUAGCUAAAGAAGUAGGAGACAAGCAUAGGGAGGGUGGUGCUUAUGGCAAUCUUGGCAAUGCUUAUUUUAGUCUGGGUGAUUUAAAAAAAGCCAUAGAGUACCACAACCUACAUCUUAAAAUAGCUAAAGAAGUAGGAGACAAGCAUGGGGAGGGUAGUGCUUAUGGCAAUCUUGGCAAUGCUUAUUGUAGUCUAGGUGAUUUAAAAAAAGCCAUAGAGUACCACAACCUACAUCUAAGAAUCGCUAAAGAAAUAGGAGACAAGCAUGGGGAGGGUAGUGCUUAUGGCAAUCUUGGCAAUGCUUAUGGCCGUCUGGGUGAUUUCAAAAGAGCCAUAAAGUACCACAACCUAGAUCUUAAAAUAGCUAAAGAAGUAGGAGACAAGCAUGGGGAGGGUAGUGCUUAUGGCAAUCUUGGCAAUGCUUAUUUUAGCCUGGGUGAUUUCAAAAAAGCCAUAGAGUACCACAACCUACAUCUUAAAAUAGCUAGAGAAGUAGGAGACAAGCAUGGGGAGGGUACUGCUUAUGGCAAUCUUGGCAAUGCUUAUUUACGUCUAGGUGAUUUCAAAAAAGCCAUAGAGUACCACAACCCACAUCUUAAAAUAGCUAAAGAAGUAGGAGACAAGCAUGGGGAGGGUGUUGCUUAUAGCAAUCUUGGCAAUGCUUAUUUUAGUCAGGGUGAUUUCAAAAAAGCCAUAAAGUACCACAACCUACAUCUUAAAAUAGCUAAAGAAGUAGGAGACAAGCAUGGGGAGGGUAAUGCUCAUGGCAAUCUUGGCAAUGCUUAUCGACGUCUGAGUGAUUUCAAAAAAGCCAUAGAGUAUUACAAGCUACAUCUUAAAAUAGUUAAAGAAGUAGGAGACAAGCAUGGGGAGGGUAAAGCCUACGGUAAUAUUGGUCGUAUGUAUGAAACUGAGGGAGAUUUGAUAAAGGCUAACGAGUCAUACAACCUAGCGCUUAAAAUUGCUCAAGGGGUCGAAGACAAAUACUUGGAGGCAAUGGCCUACUGUUCAUUAGGAUGCGUUUCUGAGUUGCAGGGCGGACUGCCAAAAGCCGUUGAACAUUACCAAGCUAGCAUAAACUUAUUCAAUUCCUUGAGAGUACUUCUAAAAUCUAAAGAUGAGUGGAAGAUUAAUUUUCGAACUCAGUAUCAAAGGGCGUAUACGGGUUUGUGCAGAGUUCUCCUAGAACAAGGUGAUAUAGAUGAAGCCUUAUUUGUUGCUGAGAAAGGACGAGCUCAAGCUCUUUCCGACCUUAUGGAAUCUAGUUUUUGUGGUGGAACAAGUCAGCACAAGACAGGCGAUGAAGAUUUAGCAGUCACUGCUAAGUCUUCAUCGAUUUGUAUGAAACGUUUUUUAAAAGUUUUAAAAAACGUUCCAUCAAACACCGUCUUUCAGGCAGUGGACAAAGUUGAUGUCAAUCUUUGGGUUGUGUCCGAAGGAGAACAAGUUCAAUUAAGACAGAGUAAACUCAAAGGUUUUGUUUCAGAGAAUAGUGGAGCUAGCCAGUCCUUUGAGUCGUUCAUGCUCGGUGUCUAUACACAACUUGGUGUUCGUUCUAUUGUGAGAUGCGAGAAUCGGUCUUUGGAUGCUUUGAGGGAGUACCCUUCAAAAGUGGAUGAGAAACCCAAAGAAGAUACCCUUCAACCUGCCAUCCAACAAAACAAAUGCUUGAGCACUUUGUAUGAUAUCGUCAUGAAGCCGGUGGCUGACCUGCUUCAGGGGGAUGGGGAUGGAGCUUACGCUCUUUGA